AUGGACAGGGAUACGAUGCUUGAGAAUUUUCUGGCGUGUACUGGAUUAACAGAUAUCACUUAUGCAAUAUCAGUACUGGAAGGCCAUAACUGGGACUUAACGGCCGCUGUUUCCAGCAUUAUUAGUGACGUGUUGCCAGCAGGAUCAUCAGUUGUCCAAGAAGAUCAAUCUGUUCCAUAUUUCACAGUUUUUCCUAUGACUCCGCUUGGUGGACCCAUUCUGUCAUCUGAAUCCUCAAUGAAUCAUAACUUAGGGACUCAGACCGUUUCCGUAUCAACUAUGUGUGAUAUCGAUACUGAUAUUUCAGGGUGCGAUAUAUCUCCAGCGAUUUCUCGAUCCGUUAUUGAACUGGACAGUGAUCAAGCUACUAUUAAUUCCAAUAGAGCAGUUCGUAUCCUGAAUUUUGAAAUAGAUUUGGAAUUACCUAUAGAUGAUGAUACAGAUCAUGAACAAAAAGUUGUAAAAGAAAGUUUUCCUUUUCCUGAUACGGAGACAGUUGGAUUUUUGAAACAACAUUUUAUUGACUGUCGGUUGACUGAGCUCAUACAGUUAGCGACUAGUCCAGAAUUAGAAUCGAAAAUAACAGAGUGUAGCAAAGCCAACCUUUUAAAGCAUCUUGUUUUGGAGAGUUCUGGAUCUCAUUCUUUUUCUGACAACUCAACGCUCCUUCGUGCAUUACAUCUACCGAAAUGUAUUAAACUUCGAGCUAACUCAAUCCGAUCCAUUACCUUACUCUAA